AUGGUGGACGACUUUAUGAUAGGCAAAAAGCCUUUGGUAAAACGACAUGUUCUGAAGUCAGAGAUUCGCCGAGUUGACUUUCACCCGUUGGAAGAACCCGAAGUAGAAUCUUCAGACCAUUCCACCAUAGCAGACACUCGACAACGGGACGAAACGGGCUUCAUGAACGAUUUCGACUAUGACGUGGAAGAUCGCACUGUGAAGCAGAUCAUCGCCUUGGGCUGCGAUGUUUCCGUGAGCAAGAAAGUUGUUGCUGAUACCCUGGAUCGAAUCGAGAGACUCGGACAACACCCAGAACAGCCUGGCCGAACUGCCAGGGUUGAAGUCUUCUAUUUCGUUUCGCAUGUCAUGCAAUCACACUCGAGGCAGAUGUUGAUCCAGCAAGCCUCCAAUCCAUUCAAGAACCCCAGACAUAUGGCCACCGUCGUAACUCGCCUUCUGGAAAUAUAUCUUGCUGGUAACCCUGAUAUCCGCUUCCUCAUCAUCACUUACCCCAUGCAUCAUCUUUCCCUCAUGCUGGCUCUGCGCGAUCAUAUUGGAUCAGACGUCUUCAAGGUUGUCACCAUAGUCCCGGCAGCUCCUUUCGCUCAACGGACAUCCAGCCUUGUUGAAGGAGGGGAGGAUUUCACUCAUGGACGGCAAUCCCCUACUAUAUACGACUUUGAGAGGACUUCUUCCCCACCAUCUAACCCGUUCUUUACCCCCGACGAACCAAGCGAGAGUAUUGGAAAGCCCGACUUCGUCCUUUAUACAACGUCACCCUUUGACACAGUCGAGCGUGUCCCGAUUCGCAUGGACUUGCUUAUUCAAGAGAUCGAGGAAUUCGUCAACCCCGCGGAAUACCCUUUCCCUAUCACGGGGCCCCGUCCAGCAGUUGCAUGGAACUCAGAGCCAACGGGUCUGCCACACCCUCUCUCCAAUGUUACGAGAGCAGGAAUUGACACGCCGCUUGAGCCCAUCGACGUCGACGCCGCUGUCAGAUACCAGACUUCCAAAUUGAUGGCGAAGUACCAGUAUCAGCGCCUUAAGCGGUAUCCAGGCGCCCCUCCACGUGAACCAGAUGUGGUUAAUGCCCAGUGGGAGCACACGUACAAGAAGGUCUACAAGGCUUUCCGAAAGAUCAAGCUUGGGAAAGACAAGCCUGACCUUGUUGGCGCGUCCAUAAACCCCAGUGAUGAUGAGAAGGCAGAUGACGAAGGUGAUCCGGAGAAUUCUGAGGAUGAGUCUGACGAUGCGAGCAUCACAUCUAUCCCCAUAACGCCUAUUAAGGACGACACGAGCAUCAAAUCUAUCCCCAUAACGCCUAUUAAGGACGACACGAGCAUCAAAUCUAUCCCCAUAACGCCUAUCAAGGACGACGCAGGCGUAACAGCAGUCAACGAAGACCCCUUUCAAGACGGCACAGAGGCAGACAAUGCGAGUACUGGAACUGUCGAACGUCACCCUAUCAACUCUGAGGAGGAGCUAUUCUCCGCCGAAGGAAGCUCUCCACAACCUUCCUUGAAGGAGAAAGUCUCUUUCUCGCCCCUCUCCAUGUCAUACUCAUUUGAGAAGAGGUCGAGCGAUGGAUCAUCGGGGUUCUGGGCUCAAUACGCUGAGGACCACCUUUGA